UUCAGACUCCACAAUGAAGACUUACCUUUCCGCUGCACUGCUCCUGGCGGCCGUGUUCCUGCUUGACACGGCUGACUGCCGAGUCCUGUCCAAGUGCGACAUGGCAUCCCAGCUGAAUGCUGCACUCAAGGACCUCCCGCAGUUCACUCCGCAGAUCCUGGCUAAGAUGAUUUGUCGCAUCAAUGCCACAGGUGCCUUCAGCACCAGUGCUGUCAGUGUUUGUCCUCCUAACAUGCCCGGUCAAGGAAAGGGAAGUAAUCCACCAAAUAGAGUCCAACAACACCGGCAAAAAAGAUCCCGAAAUGGUCAAGGUCCGAUGGGAAAAGGAGAACAGCACAAAAACGGAAAUGACCAAGGCGUGAUGGGAAAGGGUGAACAGCACAAAAAUGGACAAAACUCCGGUAACCGCCAGAAAAGAGCCGCAAAAGACAAUGCAGGCCCAAAGGUGCCAGACAAAUCCCAAACAAACAAGAAAAACGGUGAAGGUAAUCCUCUGAGACCAACUAUGCAGCCUGGACAGCCGAAUCAGAGCAAUCCUCCUCGGCGCCAGCAAAGAGCAGCAAAAGACAAUGCAGGGCACAUGAUGCCAGGCAUGUCCCAACCGCACCAGAUGCCAGGGAUGAAGCCAGGAGACUCUAACUCACCACCAAUGAACUCCAUGCAACUGUUCGGAGCCCUGCAGAUACCCGGGCAUUUAGCCUGCAAUGAUGGCAUCACGAAAUCAGAUGAUCAGUGCAAGAUGAGCUGUAGCUUGUUAACUGAUGAAGACAUUGCUGAUGACAUUGCCUGCCUGAAGAAUAUUAUAAAAACCGUAGACCAAUCAAGGUAUGACCGUUUCACUAUGGGCUGCAGUAACAUGGAUCUGUCCACCUACCUGUCUGACUGCUCCCUGUAAAUGGCCAUGCAGAUGAAUCAUCAGAUUGCUAUUACUUUAUCUUCUUCUACCAUAAUCAAAUGUAGCCAAAUUCAAAUAUAGUGAGGACAGCUCCAGAUAAAGUCUGCCAUUAUUCAAUUUCAAUAAAGCAUUGAGAAA